AUGGAUGAAAAUCAAAUAAUGCAACAAAUUACCAAAACAUUGGAUGGAUAAAUAAAUGAUUUUGAGAAUUAUUCAAACAUUAAUUACGAUAACAAACUAGUCGAAACCUUAAGAAAAUCAAAUUAAAUUGAAAUAUCAAACAUUAAAACAAAGUACAAAAUUUAAGAUAACUUAUCUAGGUAUAAAUAAAUAUUCAAUACUACUAUUUAAACAUUUCUAAAUUUGGUUUAGAAUGAAACUGCUAAAUUAUAAUCAUAAAUAUUGAUGAAAAAUUUGGAGUAGAUAUCAUUAAUGGAAUACUUAAAAAAAAAAAUACAUGAAUAAUAAUUAAUAAUAUCAGAAUUAAAUAAUGAUAAUAUUUAAUUAAGAAUAGAAUUAUAGUUAAGAAAUUAAGACUAAAAUAACUAAAAUCUGAUUCUUCAUUACUAAAAAAUGUUGAAUGAUUUAUAAUUAGAAUUAGAUGAAAAAAAUAACGAACUAAUUUCAAAAAAUAAAUAGAUUCUUUAAUAAUAAUUGCUCAUUUAAACUUUAAAUAUCAGAAUUAACAAUCUAGAAUAAUAAAUAAAUUAAUUUAAUACUUAAAAAAGGGAAAAAGAAAUUUUAUUUGAAUGUAAAUAAAAGAGUAUUAUUUUAAAGUAAUAAGCAACUUAAGUUGAUAUAAUUGAAGAAAUAAAUUUAAAUCAAUAUGAUUAAUUAGUUAAAAUUUAAAGAAAAAUUAACUAAAAAAAUACUUUCAAUAAUUAAUCUUCAAAUAGAUCAUAAAGUAUAAGUCUAUCAGCUUCAAGAUAAUUUUAAUCAAAAGUUUAAGAUUGCGAUAUCUAACCUCCUCAUAUCAUAGAUAAUGAAUUUUAAAAAUUUUAAACACAGAUUUAAAUGAACAAAUCUACUUUCUCAAAUAAUUAUAAUUAAAAAAAAAUAAAUACUCGAAAAAGAUAAAAUCUAAAUGAUUUAUAUUUGUAUUCAAAAUCUCAAAGAAACUCAAGAGUUGAUGUUGACUAAUACUAUGAACCCUCUCUACUUUAUCGUUAUAAUGUUUUAGAGAGGAUAAAAAAAUGA